AUGGUUAAUGAAAAAUUAACUGUUCAGUUGGGUCUUGAAGAAGGACUACGGAUAAGACGCAUCGCGGGAGGAUGCAUCGUGAAGCAGGCUCCGAUUUUUUCAUCCGACGGAAGAUUGCUGUUUUUAAUAAAUGAAUUCAGCGUUCAAGCAUUCAGCGCAAUCACAGGAGAAUUGGUUCACAACUAUGAGUAUACACCGCAAACCCCUGAAAAAGAACUGCUGAUCGGCAUAUUGAUAGAUAGAACCAACAGCAAGUAUAUUUAUGCUUGCACUAACAGUGGAAUGCUAGUGUCGUGGAAAAUAGAUUCCGGAGUACAGUGCGACAGACAUGGAUUAUCAAAAGAAAAUUUUGAUGUCGAAUCCUUUCACAUUCUUUACGAUGAAAAUGAUGUGUCCAGUUUUUUGCUUUUGGGAACAAGGUCAUCUAGAAGAAUUUUUAUGCAGUACUGUGCGCGCACGUGGAAAAAAAUGCAUAAGAUAUUUCCCAAACUGCACGUCGGACAGGGCGAAGAGCCUGCCAAUGACGAUAUGCAGAAUGUGCGAAUUGUGGCAGCGACAGGUGGACGUGGCUUGAACUAUUUCGCCUACAUCAUUAAAGAUAGAUGGUACUGGUGUACACUGAAACCGAAAUUGUUUGUUAAUAGUAGCAAACAUUUCGCUGGUAACACACCGCAAAUAAUAGCAUGCCAUUCGGUGGAACCAGUGGUAGCGGUAGGCGAUAACAUCGGGCGCGUGGUGUUGUACCGAAACUUUCUCAAGCAGAGUACGCCAAUCCCCGAAACUUACCACUGGCAUCCGCAAACGGUGCAAACGAUCGCAUUCGGAAGCUACGGAACACACUUUUACUCCGGCGGUUUGGAACGUGUUUUGGUGAAAUGGGAGAUGGGAAAGCAGCAAACGGAUGAUGCAUUGGCCCGAAUUUCCGACACCAUCCUGCACGUGGUGGUGGGACCGGAUAAUGAUAAGCUGGCAUUAUGUACCGCUGAUAAUGGUAUUCAAAUACUGGAUGUGCAGUACAAAAAGAUAGCGAUCGUGCAGAACUUUUCCGGGAUAUCGACUGUCCCAGCAGACACUACACUCUUCCCAGCAGGUUUGCGCGUCAAUCCGAGAACGCAAGCAAUUGUCCUGAAUGGACGGAAAGGAUGCAUUCAAUUUUUUUCGACGUACACCAAGAGUUUGCUCUACACGCUGGAUAUAACGCAGCGCAAUUACAACACCAUUGAAGAUAAAACCUACUUACACAACACGGUUGUAACGAAUAUUGCGAUCAACGCGUAUUGGUUGGCCACGGUCGAGAAUUGGUGUGACAAUCAAUACUCGAUGGAAACGCGUCUGAAGUUCUGGCGGUAUGAUGAAUCGCACCAAACGUACGCGCUCUGUGUCAACUUCGAAAACGUCCACCAUGGCGGUGUGAACGAUAUAGCGUUUUCGAGCAGCACCCGCGAACGGGAUUUGCAGUGUGCCACAGCAGGGCAGGAUCGUCGCAUUAAGGUGUGGUCGAUAGAAAAUGUGCAAACGACUGAUGGUGGCGAAAAGUUGGUGUGGGUCUGUGUUGGAAGUGUACAGCAUCGUAACCUUCCGGUCAAAUCCGUAUCAUUCUCACAAGAUGCGUCCCUGCUAGCCGGCGGUUUCGGCAAUGUGCUAUGCACGUGGAAUUCAGAAACAUUGCAGUUAAAAUGUAACCUUUCCGCACCGAGCGGACUUGACGGGUGUGUUAACAGAUCGAUGCUGUUGUUACCAACAACGGCAACGCAGCCACAAGAGCCGGAAUCGUACGAGAAUAUUCGCGCUAAGAUCGUAACCGACAUGAUGUUCGUGCUGAGCGGAAAAGAAAAGAGUUCUCGUGCUGCAAAAUUAAGCAAUGGUUGUAAGCAAAGCGACCGUAUCAUUCAUGAUAAAGCAAUUUGGAAACGUUAUAAAACGAGCAAUAUUUCGAACGAUUUGAAAAAGCUGAUAGUGCAACGUACGGCAGCGAAUGUGCAUCUAAAUAUGGCCCAUCGGGCGGAAAUUUUUCACACAUUAGCAAUAAUUUGCCGCGUUCCUAAUAAAAACGGCCAACAACUAAUUCUCAAUAAAAUCUUCAGCACCAAACGAACGCAUCAAAAAAUACUUGAACAUGUGCAACAAUUAGCAGAAUGCAUCGAUACCGGUACGCUGUUCCGAGAGUAUCGCCGUUUGCAAAACUUCCAGCGUCGUAAGCAAGCUGCCAUAAAGGAUAAAGCUCUGGAAAAAGUAUUUUCCACGAGCCAUAUGCUUUCCAGAGUGAACCAGCAAAGCGACAAUUCGGUUAAUAGCAAAGAAGUGCCCGUUAAAAGUUUUGCCCAAAUUUGGAAAGUGUUUUUCUGCUAUGGACAAUUUUCGCAUCUGUUGCUUAUCUGUACGGAGAAUCGUGUAAUGGUUUGGAACUUACUUACGCUCAAGAUGCAGGCAUCGCUGUACCUUACCAUCGAUCAAAUAGCGUUAGAUCCUUUCACGAACCUAAUCGCAGCAUUCACGAAAGAUCGCGAAGUGUAUGUAUUUCUGCCCAACAUCCCUAUGCCGCUGUUUCACCGAAUCCAUCUGCCGAAAGUCUUUGGUGCUGUCUGGAUUCCUCGUCGUUAUCCACGUUCGCAAUCGUUCAAUGUCGAUUGGCAAGCUACUUCGCAGCUAUUUUUCCUAAAUGAAAAACAGGAAUUGCUGCAACUGGUUUCCGACAGCGAUGAGGAAUCUUUAGGACCGGUGAUAUGCACGAAUGAGCCAACGAUAAGUUUGAACACACCUUUUGCCGCUAUGCUGCAUAAGCAAGCAGCAAGUGGUAGUAGCAACGUUAAACCGUUUGAAGGUACAACUGCAGAAUUUGGAAUGCGCUUGGGAAGCGCAUCGAACGCUGCAUUAAAAGACAUCAUUUCAUCAUCUUCCCACACGGCGGCCCCGAUGAGCUUAUUGUGUAAGGACUUUCUUCGUUCGUUGCUUAUUGUGGAAGGGCUUGGUGCAAACCACAAUCAAUUACCAUCGUCGAAACAGCGUCCAAGUACGGCUGCUACUGAUAGUGACAGGAGAAAUCCUGUUCCCGAUGCAGGUACCGUGGCACAGAAAAGUGAUGACGAAGAAAAUUCACUCAAUGAAGAUAAGGUUGCAAAGCAGAAGUGGUCGUCUCGCUACUUAGCUCAGUCGGAGAUGGAUAGUAUAAAAAAAGCCAAAUCACGCAGUUCGUCUGGCGCAGAUAAAGAAGAGGCCAAUCUUAGGAAAUUGCUCGAUGAACCAAUAGACAUGGUAUUUUCAUAG